GCGAGCGCAGCGAGGGCAACACUUAGAAUUAUAAUAAAAAUAAGACGCCCGCAGGACGCAUGCGCACUGCCGAGGGAGGCGAGCUGGCCGCCGCUUCCCCUCGGGCUCGCCCGGCGGACGGUGGAUCCCCGAUGGGAUCAGAACGGAUAGAGAUGCGGAAGCGGCAGGUAUGCGCAGCCCAGGGGCCCGCAGCCUCCGCCCCAGGCCCGCACGGAGUGGGGAACCGGGGAUCCAACGCUUGCUGCUUCUGCUGGUGCUGCUGCUGUAGCUGUUCUUGUCUCACUGUGAAAAACCAAGAGGAACAGAGACUCAGGAGGGCUUCCUACGAACUCAGAAGAGAGGACCUUCCCACCUGUGAAGAAAGCCCGACUCCCACCCUGGAGGAGGCCAGCACCUGGGCCCAGUCCUUCGACAAGCUCAUGGUCACGCCCGCGGGAAGGAAUGCUUUCCGGGAGUUUCUGCGAACGGAGUUCAGUGAGGAAAACAUGCUCUUCUGGAUGGCGUGCGAGGAGCUGAAGAAAGAAGCUAAUAAAACCAUGAUUGAAGAGAAAGCAAGGAUAAUAUAUGAAGACUACAUUUCUAUUCUCUCUCCGAAAGAGGUCAGCCUGGACUCCCGCGUGAGGGAGGCCAUCAACAGGAGCAUGGCUGAGCCAUCCCCGCACAUCUUUGACGACGCCCAGCUGCAGAUCUACACCCUGAUGCACAGGGACUCGUACCCCCGGUUCAUGAACUCUGCUCUCUACAAAGACCUGCUUCGCUCCUUAUCUGAGAAUGCAGUGGAAGCCGAGGAUGUUCCAGAUAUUUAUUAUUAAUAAUAAAAUAGGCAAAGAACUCGUGGGCCCCGUCUAGGCAGGGAAUUUAGAGGCGGUAGUGUCUUCUGCUGGGUCAUACUCGGGCUGUUUUAAUAACAGACGCUUCCUUCUACAGAAGGCUGUAUAUUCACCAAGUACAUUGCAGCCACCUUUUGUGGUGCUUAUGGAAAAUGUAGAAAGGCAGUAUGUUUACAUGUACAGUGACAGUAGCGUGUUCUCAGUGGCCAAGGGUACACAAGAAGACGCCACACCGCCUGCUGCGUAUACAUCCAUGGGAACAGGACCCAAAUUCCCAUUUUAUAAAGAUGUGACCACUACCUGUCACAUCUUUAUGUUAGGAUACCUGUAUGUAGAUGCAUAUAUAUGCGUGUGUAUCUUACACGGUUAAUGUAAAGCCCUAGGCUUUUAACUGGAUAAGCCUCAAAUGUUUGGUAAGAGAAGCAGUGCUUAGAAAAUGCUUUCGUUCAAAAGUUACCUUUAUUUUAUUACCAGAAUCUGCCAGCUUAAAGAAUGAAUUUUCAAGUGGCUGGUGUUCAUCACAAAACGUUCAAAUACGCAUAUAUCCGUUUUUACUAUUGAAAGAAAUU